AUGGCGACAUGGGCAGACAAGCUUCGCGCGGGGAAGGAGGAGGAGAGGAAGGGAGAGGAGAGCGCAGAGGCAGGAGAUGGAAGCCUAUCGAAGCAAGUUCACUCUGUAGCCGGAGCCAGCCACGUCGAGGGGAGCUUGGACGGAGGUGAGGCUCCUUGCAGCGAUGCCAAGGAGGCCAGGCAUGGCAGUAGCGCGGAUGGCAGCCCACGUGCAGAACCGCCAUCUGGGAAGAAAGUUGUGCUGGACUCAGGGAUGCUGAUCAAGGGCGAAAGGAUCGACAAGCUCGGAGAACAUUUCUGGACGGUGAAGGAAGUUCUUGCAGAAGUUCGGGAGGUUGAUCCAUCGGCGCUUGCCUUCGUGUCCAAGUUCUCCAAGUUGACAGGAGACUUCAGCAGACUGUCAAACACUGACUUGAAGGUCAUGGCCCUGACCUAUCAGCUAGAGAAGGAGUUCUAUGGCACCUCGCACUUGAACGAGGCGCCGAAGCCGAUGAGACCGGCAAACGUGGGGAGCGAAGAAGUCAAGACACCAAAGGAAGAAAACGCGACCAACGAGACAGCCGACUGUGAUUCAGCGAACGGGGCUGAAUCUGAGAACGGCGACGGCAGCAGUGGGCACAGACAGGGGAACAAGCAACAAGCGCCUUCACUGCCUGGCUGGUACGAGGGGACAGACGAUGAUGAAGGAUGGAUCACUCCGGACAAUGUUGCUUCCUUCUCGGUCAAUGGGAAAUGUGUUGAAGACGAUUCCGAUGCGAACGUGGCAUGUGCGACCCUCGAUGGUGCAAUGCAGAAUGUAUUGCUACAGAUUGGGCUGCGAGUUGUGAACGGAGAAGGUCUGGUUGUCAAGAAUGUCAAGCAGUUUGUACAGAAAUGCCAUGCAUGCUUUAAGAUCUGCCAUGACAAUACCAAGAUGUUCUGCCCAUCCUGCGGCAACGCAACUCUGAUGCGAGUCUCCAUGUGGGUACAGGCGGACGGUCGAGUGACAUUCAGCAAGGGAAUCAAGAAUUUCAAUCUGAGGGGCACCAAGUACAGUCUCCCAAAGCCGAAACAAGGACGUGGCAAGGACGACUUGGUUCUGCGAGAAGAUCAAUUGAUCUCGUCGGCACAUAGACAGAGAAAGCCAAAGAUGGUGGUGGACGAUGAUGGAUUUACAACGCUGGCUCCCCGAGACAACUAUAAAGCGGUGAACAUUUGAUCACGAAGUUGCAGCCAUGUUGUCUAAUCCUGUCUUCACAGAGAAACAACCAAGAGAUUGUCGGAAUGGGAUAUGGCGGAGGUGGAAAGCGCAAUCCGAAUGAACGAAGAAGGAGAUGAUGGCAAUGCUCUGAUUAUGGGGAGGUUGUAUUUUGUUUAAAUGUAGGUAGAUCUGAUCUUAGGUAGCUAAGACAUGUGCCUUUCGAAGCUCAAAAUUUGACCUAAGUAUCUCAGCGUUGAUGAAUGAAUCUAGACUCAC